AUGCUAGCGUACGCCGACUCUCUCACCCGCCCUAUUGAGUCCUGCAAACCUCGACCAAUCUCGCGGAGCUACUUGCAGGGGCUUAAGUUGAUGCAGCAUUUCAAUCAACUCCAUGACGCUGACCUUGAAACCGUCAUCUACCACAUUACUUCAUCUGCCUAUCUUCUCGAGAUGUCCAUGCAUCACAUGUCCCUACAGAGCAUCACACAGGGGUUUCAAAUUGCGCUGAAAAUCGGACUCAAUAACCAAGCUCUAUGGCCAAGUGACGAUUGCGAAUUGGUUUCCCGUCAGGGACUUUGGUGGACACUAUAUUUCCUUGACAAGCGCAUUACCCAAAAAUGCGGCAUCACAUACUUUCUGCGUGAGGAUGAAAGUGCGGUGAGCGACUUCAGCAAAGUCCACAGCGAUAUAGGCUCUAGCAAGUACGAAGUUUUGCAAAGCCUUGUUUCAUUUAGUCGUUUAUGGGCUCAUAUUUGGGACGGCUUCUUUUCACCCCAAGCUCCAAAGGCUGAUGACUGGGAAGAAUCGCAGAUGAUGGAUACCCGAAUUGUUCUUUCUUAUCGGCAAAUACCUUCAAGCCUUCAUUGGAAGUCUUCCAUGGUCGCAGAGUACAUGUGCGUUGAAGGGGCAGCACAUAUCCGCCAGAGGCUGAUUGGAUUUUUGCGAUUCCAAUCCCUCCGUCUGAGUAUUCGCCAUAAGGCUCUCACUUCUAAGGAACAUGACCUAGAGCGCCGCAAAACAUCGGUUUCAAUCUGCGAGGCAAUCAUCGAAGCAAUUCGAAGCUAUAUGAUCACAACCACUUCUCUGAAGCCAUCCGGCUAUAUUCUGACUACCGCAUUGGUCGAAAGUCUUUACCAUCUCAUCCCAGAAGAGUGUCACCCAGCCCCCGUAGUCUCAAAUGAACUUCUCAGGCAAAUGGUGUACGGCGCCAGCCAACUUCUUCAAACGCUGUCCAAAUCAGUCGCAACAGCAUCCAAGGUAUACCAAUAUCUACAGGAUCUUCUGCCUUCCGACAAUGGGUUUAAACCCCCUGAGAAACUCACAGCAUCUCCUCCACGGCAAGACCCAGCGAAUCAAAGCCUCCCAUUGGAUUGUUCUGCGGAUCUGGACAUAUUCUCUCAGACAUUUUGGAAAACCUUCGUCGAUCGAUCGGAACAGGAUAGAAGCUCAGCGGCACAUACUCAUUCAGAGCCACAGAACCAGAAAUUUCUGUCUUCUAUGUUUAUACCUGAAAGUUUGCCGACCGACGGUUGUCCUUACAAAUUGGACGAACUACAGUGUCAUCUUCUCAUGGGCAUGGACCCUGAGGAGAUGGUGUUCGGGGCUCCACUUUCUUCAGAUUGUUCCGCGACAGACUUCAGAGGGGAUCUUUUCUAA